AUGGGCACCAAUUUUACUGGAAAGCCUCAUGCAGUUCUUGUACCAUUUCCAGCACAAGGCCACUUGAUUCCAACGAUGCAACUAGCUACAAUUCUUCACUCAAAAGGCUUUUACAUUACUUUUGUCAAUACUGAGUAUAACCACAGGCGCCUAAUCCGGUCUAAGGGAUCAGACUGGGUAAAGGGGUUCAGGGAUUUCAAGUUCGAGACUAUAUCGGAAGGAUUACCACCAUCUGAUCGUGAUGCAACCCAAAAUCCUGUCGCGUUAUGUGAAGCCAUUCGAAAGAAUUGUUUACCUUUUUUCCGAAAUCUAAUGUCUAAGCUUGUUCAUUCCAAUGAGCUUCCACGGAUCACAUGCAUAAUUUCAGAUGGAUGCAUGAGCUUUGCCAUAAAGGCUGGUGAAGAAUUUGGCAUACCUGUUGUUCAAUUCUGGACUGCCUCUGCUUGCGGCUUCAUGGGAUAUCUGCAAUAUCACGAACUCAUAAAGAGAGGAAUUAUACCUUUCAAUGAUGAAAACUUCAUGGAAAAUGGCUUGCUAGACACGCCUAUAAACUGGAUUCCAGGCAUGAAAAACAUGCGAUUGAAGGACAUGCCGAGCCUUAUCAGAACGACAAAUCCCGAUGAUGUCCUGCUAAAUUACUUACGAGACGAAACACAAAACAAUUUAAAAGCUUCUGCAAUUAUCAUCAACACUUUCAAUGAUCUUGAACAUGAAGUUUUAGAGGCAACUUCACCCAUUUCUCCCCCAAUUUACACUGUGGGUCCCCUUGCAUUGCUUACCAGGGGCUUACCAGAGAGCCAAUUAAGCUCUUUUAAGCCAAGCCUAUGGAAAGAAGAUGCAGCCUGCCUAGAAUGGCUGGAUAAACAAGCACAAAAUUCUGUAAUCUACGUAAACUAUGGAAGUGUCACUACGAUUUCUUGUCAACACUUAAAAGAGUUUGCCUGGGGCCUUGCAAAUUGCAAGCAUCCAUUUCUGUGGAUUGUUCGGCCAGAUAUUGCGAUGGGGGAGUCAGCAAUAUUGCCUCAAGAUUUUCUUGAGGAAAUCAAGAAUCGAGGUUUACUCACGAGCUGGUGCCCGCAAGAUCAAGUGCUUUCCCACCCAGCAGUUGGAGUCUUUCUUACUCAUUGUGGAUGGAAUUCUACACUCGAGAGUAUGUCUGCUGGAGUGCCCAUGAUAUGCUGGCCUUUCUUUGCCGAGCAGCAAACAAACUGUCGAUAUCUUUGCAUGGAAUGGGGAGUUGGAUUGGAAGUUAAUUAUGAUGUUAAAAGAGAUGACAUUGAAGAACUUGUUAGGAAUGUUAUGGAAGGAGAGAAAGGAAAAGAAAUGAAAAGCAGGGCUAUGGAAUGGAAGAGAAAAGCAGAAGCAGCAACAGAAACAGGAGGUUCAUCAUACACAAACUUGGAUAGAUUAUUCAAAGAAGUUCUUGAUUGUCAAGGAAAGUGA